UCCAUCUAUUUAAAGGCAAGGGUGUGGUCCUGCAGCUACUUGCCUGGGACUUUUGCACCUUGGAAGAAAGGAGCAUCAGCCUGCAUAGCAGCACCAUGUCUUGUCAGGGACCAGUGUGCACCAACUUGGGUCUCAAGCCUGGCCAGCGCCUCACUGUCAAGGGGAUAAUCGCACCGAAUGCCAAAAGCUUUGUGAUGAAUCUGGGCAAGGACUCAACCCACCUGGGACUUCACUUCAACCCCCGCUUUGAUGCUCAUGGUGAUGUGAACCUCAUUGUGUGCAACUCAAAGAAAAUGGAAGAAUGGGGUACAGAGCAAAGGGAGACAGUCUUCCCUUUCCAGAAGGGAGCUCCUAUAGAGAUCACUUUCAGCAUCAACCCAAGCGAUGUGACUGUCCACCUGCCAGGCCACCAGUUCUCAUUCCCCAACCGGCUCGGUCUCUCUGUCUUUGACUACUUUGAUACACAUGGAGACUUCACGCUCCGGUCUGUCAGCUGGGAGUAACUCCUCACAUCUGUCUCAAAAUUUAAAAAAAAAAAAAAAAAAAGCAAUCAAUAAAUGUUUUCUUCUAUUUGGUCUCAAGAAUUAAUCUUAUAUCACAAACCAACAGGGUUGGACAACUGGGGAACUUGGGGUUGUAAUAACGUACUGUGUUGGAAGGUCAGAUGUGAGCGGGAGUGACUAAAUGCAGCAUUGUCUCAAAAGUCAUGGUGGGAAAGGGGAAGG